AUCCCAGAGGCCGCUCACGUGUUCGCAAGCCAUAUCUCGUUCUCUCUCUACUCUAAAACAGCAUAAAAAGCCCCCAAACUCGCAAACACAGAACCAAAAAACCACAAACACAGAGACUGAAUUGCGAGAAUGGCGUCUAGGGUUUCGAUUUGCUUCGUGGUGUUCGCUGUGUGUCUUUUCGCGUCGUCUCUGACAAAGAUCGGUGCCGAGGAUUCGGAAUCGAAGGAGUUCGUGCUCACCUUGGACCACUCGAACUUCUCAGACACUGUCAGCAAGCACGACUUCAUCGUCGUCGAGUUCUACGCCCCAUGGUGUGGCCAUUGUAAGAAGCUUGCUCCAGAGUACGAGAAAGCUGCAUCUAUAUUGAGCCAGAAUGACCCUCCAAUUGUUCUAGCAAAAGUUGAUGCUAAUGAAGAGGGAAAUAAAGAAAUUGCUACAGAAUUUGAGAUUAGUGGUUUCCCCACCCUCAAGAUUUUUAGAAAUGGAGGAAAGAUUUCUUCGGAGUACAAAGGUCCACGUGAGGCAGAUGGUAUUGUUGCUUAUCUGAAGAAACAAAGUGGUCCUGCAUCUGCUGAAAUAAAAUCCGUGGAAGAUGCUAGUAGUCUUAUUGAUGACCAGAAGAUAGUCAUUGUUGGUGUAUUUCCAGCAUUCUCUGGCGAGGAGUUUGUGAACUUCACGGCUCUUGCUGAGAAAUUGCGUUCAGACUAUGAAUUUGGCCAUACUUUGGAUGCCAAACUCCUUCCGCGCGGGGAAUCAUCGGUGACUGGUCCUAUAGUUAGGCUGCUCAAGUCAUUUGACGAACUUUUUGUUGAUUUCCAGGAUUUCCAUGUGGAUGCUUUAGAGAAGUUUGUUCAAGAACGUAGUGUUCCUAUUGUGACUAUCUUUAAUAAUGAUCCGAGCAAUCAUCCUCAUGUUGUUAAAUUCUUUAACAAUAAGAAUGCGAAGGCUAUGUUGUUCCUGAACUUCAGCAGUGAAGUUGCUGAUUCUUUCAAAUCUAAAUAUCGUGAAGUUGCUGAGCAAUAUAAAGGAGAAGGGAUAAGUUUUCUGAUUGGAGAUCUGGAAGCUAGUCAAGGUGCCUUCCAGUAUUUUGGACUUAAAGAAGAGCAAGUGCCUGUAAUCAUCGUCCAGAAGGUUGAUGGACAAAAAUAUUUGAAAGCAAACUUGGAGGCUGAUCAAAUUGCACCUUGGGUCAAGGAAUACAAGGAUGGCAAUGUCCCACAACAUAAGAAGUCUGAACCUAUUCCUGAAGCUAACAACGAGCCUGUGAAAGUUGUUGUUGCUAACAGCCUCCAGGACAUUGUUUUCAACUCUGGAAAGAAUGUUCUCCUAGAGUUUUACGCACCUUGGUGUGGACACUGCAAAAAAUUAGCUCCAAUCCUUGAUGAAGUUGCUGUCUCAUAUGAAAGUGACGCUGAUGUUAUAAUUGCAAAGCUUGAUGCAACUGCAAAUGAUAUCCCAAGUGAUACAUUCGAUGUCAAAGGUUACCCAACUAUGUACUUCAGGUCAGCAAGUGGAAAGCUGUUGGAGUAUGAUGGCGACAGGACCAAGGAAGACAUGAUAAAUUUCAUUGAAAAGAAUCGGGAUAUAACUACCCCACAAGAGACACCACAAGAGACACCAAAAGAUGAGCUCUAAAGGAGGAUGGACACCCUUUUCACUCUAGAGGUUACAGACUUACACAGUUUUGUAUGCAUCUGGUCGCAUGUGUUCAAUGGCUCUUACAACUUGGAACAGUAGCCCGAUCUCCCUUCCUUUCCAGUCCUCUGUUUUCUUAACUCUCAAAUUCUGUUUCCAUGAAUAAAAUGGGAGGAACCGUUUGAUAUAUUUGUAGCUGUGGCGUAGCAUAGUUUACAUUGUUGUAACAGUUUUGUGAUUUCAGUUAAGUUAAAUUAGAAAGGAUAAUUUAAGUUCAGAGAAUCAGGUAUCAAAUUGUUUCUUUAACGAAGCAAAAGAGAUGCGCAUCUUUUUUUUGGCCCA